GUACUUCUUAGUAUCCACCAUCGCCAGAAUGACAACCACCAUCGGUUGGUUUGGUCUUUCCCUCCUGGCUGCCUCGUGUGUCGUGGCCCAUGACCAAUAUGUGAUGGGGGUGGCACCCACCACCACCACCGAGCCGGACUGGUUCAAGACACGACCACAGAGUUUUCAAGGAUACACAGCUACCGGGGCCGCGCCGUUUCUGGCGCAGACCAAUCCAGCUCCCUUUGGCGAUGCGGCCACCUACACGGUCAACGAUCCGCUGGAAACAUCGCAGCCCAUCCACGGAGCCAAGAAUCGCAACUUCUUCCACCACAUGGGAAACUUGAGUCCUUACUACCCCCGAGCCGACGGUUUCGGCGUGGACGAAUACGCCCGUCCCAAAGGCUCCAACAUCACACAAAUGCAUCUUCUUCAUCGACACGGUUCCCGCUAUCCCAGCAAGGAAGAAACUGACCGGCUCGCCAAUUGGGCUAAGAAUAUCGCCGACGCAAUUGCCCACGGCGCCGUUUUCAAAGACGAACUGUCAUUCCUACACGACUGGUCCUACACCCUGGGUGCCGCGAUCCUAACCACCAGAGGACGACAAGACCUGUUCGACAGCGGCGUGCUUAACUUCUUCAACUACGGUCACCUCUACACCGAGGGGACCAAGAUCGUCGCGCGCACCACUACCCAAGACCGCAUGCUCAAGAGCGCCGAGAACUUCCUCUCCGGCUUCUUCCACCUCGACUGGGACCAGCACGUCAACCUCCUCGCCAUGAUUGAAGAAAAGAACUACAACACCUCCCUUCAGGCCAUUAACGCUUGUCCCAAUGCCAUAAACAUGUCCUUUGGCGAUUACGUCGACACCCCCCUCAAGAAGUGGAAGAGCCACUACCUCUCCCACCGCACUAAGCGACUCAACAAUAUCUCCCACAAACGCACCUGGACCAUCAACGACAGCUUCAACGCGCAGGCCCUCUGCGCCUACGAAACUGUCGCCCUCGGCUACAGUCCCUUCUGCGACCUCUUCAGCUUCACUGAAUGGGAAGGCUUCUCUUACGCUUUCGACAUCACCUUUGCCGGCUACUCCGGAUUCCAGUGCCCGAUCGGCCGCGCAUCCGGCAUCACUUGGGUCGAGGAGUUUCUCGCACGAGUCGAGAACCGCGAAUUCUCUACCCCGGGGUCCUCCACCUCCGCCAACCUCACCCUAAACACCAACCCAGUCACCUUUCCCACCAACCAAACCCUCUACUUCGACUUUGCACACGACAAUAUCCUCACAUCAGUCCUCACAGCCUUUGGCUUCCGCCAGUUCGCCGACCUCCCUCUCCCAGACUUCCUCACCACCAACCCCUCAUCCCAAUCCCAGUCCCAGUCCCAGUCCCAAUCCGAACCCCAAUUCCGUCCCCCACCGGAUCGAAGCUUCCAAACCUCCAAACUCAUCCCCUUCGCCGCCCGUCUCAACAUCGAAAUCAUUGACGCUCCGCACAAAAUCACCCGGAACCGAACCCACACCAACCAAGACCCCUACCUCAAAGACACACCCGAAACGAGAUACAUCCAUUUUCUCGUCAACCAGCGCACAGUUCCCCUCCACAAGAGCUUUCCUGAGGACUGUCCAUAUCGAAGCGACGGAUGGUGCGAGCUAGAAGCGUUCCUGGAGGUCCAGAGACAGAGUCUGGAUAAAGCCAAGUAUGACUACUCUUGUAUUGGGGAUUGGAAACUCGGGGACUUUGGAGAGGUGCAGGAUGGGGUUCCGCUUGAUUCUUGGGGGGUAUAAUUCAUUUAGCUGUGUAUGUGCAAUGUAUGAAUUAAAAGUUCGUUCAUGGUAGGCGAAAAGACCACCCUAACAUUCAAUUUCCAUGGCUGCUUU